AUGCCAAUUCGAGGCACCGCGCCGCGCGCUGCGAAGCGUGCGGCGGCCGCGCGGAUUCACAAGGGAAGCGGGACUCCAGGCACCACCACGAGCCCCACGCCCUCGAAGCGUGCGCGGCGCGACGGCAUGCCCACGCGCAACACGACCACGGGGCAGGGAACUGCCAACGAACCCGUGGCCCUCGACGCGCCGCUGCCGGACUCGGUCGACUCGAUCGACGCCGAGGUCGCAGCGAUCCGGGCGCAGAUGGCCGCGAUGCGCAACCGCAUCGGCUCGCACGCCUCCGGGCAGACGCGGGCCGAGGACGCCGGCCCCGCCGCGGGUGGUGGUGCGCGGGGGGGCGAGGCGAGCCCGCCGACCGCCGCGCGGGCAGGGCCGGGCAGCGUCGCGCCCGAGACGCCGAGCCCGAUGCGCGUGAAGCAGGAGGCGGACGCCCCCGCGACAUUGGACGGUGACGGUGACGGCGACGACGACGGUGAGGGCGACGCUGCGGUCGAGGCCGAGAGGGACGACGCGGACGCGGGCGAGGACUGUGCGGACGGCGAGCUGCAGUCGCUGAUCGCGUCGCGGGGUCCCGGCGGCGUCGUGGACCUCGGCGGGCGCACCAUGUUUGGCGCGGGCCGCGUGGUGAGGCUGCGGGGCCCCGUAACGCUGCGGAACGGCGUGCUGCGGGGCAUCGCGCUCGAGGUGCCGAUGGCCGCGAGCGGGACGCGGCUGGAGCGGCUGGACGUGCGGCGCGGGGCGAUGCCGAUGGACAGCAAGGCCCUGGUGCGGGUGAGCGGCGCGCAGGAGGUGAGCGUGGUGGAGUGCCGGUUCGACGGCGGCUGCGCGGGGUGGGACAGGGAGGCGUCGCGCGCGGGGUGCAGCGGUCUGAUCGCGACGAGCCGCGCGGAGGUGGUCGUGGAGCGGUGCGUGUUCGUCGGGAACAGCGGCGACGGCAUCGCGGCGUCGGGCGCGGGCACGGUGGUGACGGCGGAGGAGGUGCGGUGCGAGGCCAACCACGAGGCCGGGGCGGUGGCGACGCGCGGGGCGCGGCUGCAGAUCAGCGGCACGCUAAGCAAGAACAAGGAGGCCGGCGUGGCGGCGCUGCACAAGGGCACGGAGGUGCGCGCGGAGGGCGUGACGAGCUGCGACAACAAGCACGGGGUGUACGCGGGCGAGAGGGCGAAGCUGUGGGUCAGCGGGCGGCUGAACCGCAACAAGGACGGCGGGGUGGCGGCGUACGACAAGGGCACGGAGGUGCGCGCGGAGGGCGUCAUGUGCGACAACAAGUGGGGGGCGUACGCGGAGGGCGGCGCGCGGAUGUGGGUGAGCGGGCGGCUGUGCGAGAACGUGGACGCCGGCGUCGCGGCGCACGAGAAGGGCACCGAGGUGCGCGCGCAGGGCGUGGUGUGCGACAACAACGUCUCGCACGGGGCGUACGCGGCGCUGGGGGCGACGAUGCACGUGAGCGGGCGGCUCUGCAACAACUCCGAGGGCGGCGUGUUUGCGCACGACGCCGGCACGGUGGUCCGCGCGGAGGGCGUGAUCUGCGAGGGCAACAAGCACGGCGCGUACGCGGGCGAGGGCGCCAGGCUGUGGGUGAGCGGCGCGCUGAACAAGAACAAGGAGGGCGGCGUGGCGGCGUACGACGACGGGACCGAGGUGCGCGCGGAGGGCGUCGUGUGCGUGCAGAACGACUCGGGCGCGUACGCGGAGGGCGGCGCGAAGAUGUGGGUGACCGGGCGGAUGACGAAGAACAAGGAGGGCGGCGUGGUGGCGCGCCACGCGGGCACGGUCGUCCGCGCCGAGUCCGUGGUGUGCGAGGGCGGCCUGCAGGGCGCGUACGCCGACAGCGGCGCGCUGCUGCACGUGAGCGGGACGCUGCGCGGGAACAAGGACGGCGGGGUCGUGGCGUACGACGAGGGCACGGAGAUCGUCGCGGAGGACGUGGUGGCAACGCGGAACAAGUGGGGCGCGUUCGCGGAGCGCGGGGCGCACAUGCACAUCAGCGGGCGCGUGAGGGACAACGUCGACGGCGGCCUCGCUGCGGUCGGCGAGGGCACGGUCGUCACGGCGCGGGGCGCCACGGUCGACCCGCACAGGCGCAACCUGAUGGCCACGGAGGGCGGCAAGCUGCUGAUCAACAACUACAACGUGGGCAAGCAGGCCGCGCGUAGGGCCGACAAGGUGGCGGUGGGGGCGCCCGCGGCCGGGCACCGCGGAUGGGGGGGGGGGAGCGCUGUGUGA